GACAGUUCCAAACACCUCCUCCUCCUCCUCUUCCUCCUCCUCUUCUUCAUUAUCACUUUCCUCCUCCUCCUCUUCGUCAUCAUCAUCUUCUCCCCUCCCCUCUUCUAUCUUACUCUCCUCCCCUUUCCUCUCCCCUCUCCCUUCUAUCUACCCUGCUACUGAUAACAGGGAGGGAACAUUAACAGGGGAGGGAAGGAAGGCAGUUACGUAAUAUAUGUUUUAGAGUAUAUACAUUAAUUAAGCUUGUAAGGAUUGGUCAAAUAUACAUACUUUUUUACUAAUUAAUUUACUAAAUCAUUCAUUCUCCGCCUGUGAUUGGCAUGUAAUUUCCCCUCGAAGUUAAUUAAAGAGCCAGAAAUAGACGUUGGAAGGUCAUAUGGUGCGUUGAACUGAUAACACGGACAGCCAAAGUAACAGAAUGGCGACCUAGGAAUUGUAGAAGGCAGGGUAGGCAGAGGACCAGGUGGAGAGGCGAAGGAGAAGGUUUGCCGGGACAGGAUGGAGUACGCUAGCUUCAAACAGGGAGGUGGAGGCUGCUCUACCAGAUUGUCGUACUUAGUCUCUUAUGUUUUCCGAUUUCCGACCCCAAAACUAUCUCCCCCACUCCAAUAACUACAUUUAUUUAUAGUUUCCCUUGAAAAGUUUAAUUAUUAGUGUCUUUUUGCUAUAGUUAAGUGUCUAAAAGAGGUAAAUGCAAUGGUGGAUACGAUAAUAUGUCAACGCUGGAUGGAGGACGUUGGGAAAGGCCUUUGUGCUGCAGUGGACUAUUAAUGGAUGAAGGGAAAGGAGAGGAAAGGUGGAAAUUGUCAAACUGAAUAUCUAUCGUGUAUUUCCUCCCUAGACUUACCUAUAUUCUCCUACGUCCCUUUCCUUUCCUUCUCCACUUCCUUCCCUUUUCCCCUUCUUUCCUUUCACAAGUCUUAGGAAGGGAAAGGGGAGAGGGUCAUAGAAGGUCUGUCAAGUAUUUCUUCCUCAUAUUUACCUAUCAACUCAGUCAUCAUCCUUUCCCUUCCCUUCCCUCCUCUUUCCCCCUUCCUCUUUCUGUACGUAAGGGAAGGGAAAGGGGGUAUCAACUCAGCCAUCACCCUUUCCCUUCCCUUCCCUCCUCUUUCCCCCUUCCUCUUUCUGUACCUAAGGGAAGGGAAAGGGGGUAUCAACUCAGCCAUCACCCUUUCCCUUCCCUUCCCUCCUCUUUUCCCCUUUCUCUUUCUGUACCUGAGGGAAGGGAAAGGGGGUAUCAACUCAGCCAUCACCCUUUCCCUUCCCUUCCUUCCUCUUUCCCCCUUCUUCUUUCUGUACCUAAGGGAAGGGAAAGGGGGUAUCAACUCAGUCAUCACCCUUUCCCUUCCCUUCCUUCCUCUUUCCCCCUUCCUCUUUCUGUACCUAAGAGAAGGGACAGGAGGGCAGACAUCCUUCUUACCUUCCCUUUCCCUCUCUCCUUAACCCCUUACAUCUACCUAAAGAAGGGAAAGGGGGCAAACAUCCUCCCUUCCCUCCCUCCCUUUGCCUCUCUCUUUCCCCUGACUGCCAAAGGAAAGAAAGGGAGGGGAAAAAAAAGGGAGCUAUAUAAUGUCUGUUUCGCUCUUCCUUCAUUUCAGACAUCCCCCUUCACCUCCCUCCUCCUCCCCCUUUCCAUUCUUUUCUCCUCUUCCCCCUUUCUUGACCUAAGGGAAGAGAAAGGGAGGGAAAAAAAGGGGGCAAUGGAAUGUCUCACGUAUUUUUUUCCCUUGACUUACCUAACAUCCCCCUUAACCUCCCUUUCCCUUACCUCUUUAACCCUUCCAUCUACCUAAGGGAAGGGAAAGGGAAGGAAAAAAAGGGAUUAAACAAUGUCUUCUGUACCUAUUUCUUCAUCUCAGACAUUCCCCUCCACCCCCUUCCCCCUCCCUUUCCCUUCCACCUACCCAAGGGAAAGGAAGGGGAGGGAGGAAGGGAGGGAAAAGGGACAGUAGAACGUCGGGGCAUUACGCAAGGUAUCGAUCCGUGUUCCGCCAGACGCCACGCCCGCCGGCAGCCAGCCAGCCAGCAGCCUGCCUCAACCCGCCGCCUUGCUCCCGACAUACAGACAGACAGACGGUACAGGCCGCGCCCGCCUUCUCUUAGCCAAUCCCAGCGCCUCCUUCCUAUGACGUCACGUCCUCUCUCUCUCUCUCUCUCUCUCUCUCUCUCUCUCUCUCUCUCUCUCUCUCUCUCUCUCUCUCUCUCUCUCUCUCUUCCGAUACCCCCCUUCCAUUCACUUCCCCUUUCUCCUCUCCCUCUUUCCUUUCCUUUUUCCUCCACUCCUUUCUCUCACUUCUUUUUCCCUCCUCUUCAUCUCUCCAUCUCUCCCUCUUCACUUCUUCCUUCCAUUCUUCUCUUUUUCCUCUCCUCCGUUUUCCUAUUUUGUUUUCUUUUUCUCCACUUCUUCAUUUUUUUCCUUUCGUGUUUCUUUCUCUUCCUUUCUUUCCUCUCCUUUUCCUCCAUCCAUUCCUCUCUCUCUUCGUUUCUUCUUCCAUUCAUCCAUUCUUUGUUUUGUUUUCCCUCCUUUCUCCACUUCAUCUCUUUCUCUGCGUUUCUCUUCCUUUCUCUUCUUCCUCUCCUUUCUUUCUCUCCAUUCCUCUCCUGUCUUUCAUCCAUUCCUCCAUCUUUCUUUUUAUUCCUUUCGUUUCUCUCCAUUCAUUCCUCUUUUCCUUCAUUCUUUCCUCCCUCUUUCUCUCCAUUUUUCUCCUCUUCUCCCUCAUUUUCUCCUCUUCUCCCUCAUUUUCUCCCUCAUUACCUCCGUUCAUCUCCUUUACUCUCAUUCCUCUUCUCCUUCCCUCCAUCCCUCCCCCCUCCCUCCCUCCUCCAAAUACCUCCGGAUACCUCUUUCUUUCCUCUUAUGUGUUUCUCUCAAGAGGAUCAAGUGAUGCCCUCUGUCACCCCUCAAAUUGACUCAGAGGGAGGGGCCGACAGUGGGGUCUAG